CAAUAGAUAUUAUAUUACAAAUAUUAAAGAUGAAUUACGAUAUUAUCAACCAAAUAUAUCGAAAAAUAAUAUUAUAGAAUUAGUUCAAGAAUCAUUAAGUGAAUCAAAUGAAGAACCAGUUGAAGAUAAUGAAGCAAUUAUUUUAUCAAAUCUAAAUGAUCCAUGA